AUAUUUUCCAAAGCUUAACCAAAGCAAAACUCUGGUUACAAGAAGAGGAGAAGACUAUGAAGGAGGAGCUUAAGCAAAGCAAACGGACCUCAAACCCGAAAGAUGACCUGCCUUUUGAGCUAUGCACAGGGGAUGUGACGAUUAUUGGUUGUUACAUCCCUUUUGUCAUGGAGCCACUCAAAGAAUGGGAUCCCCCAGCGGAAUGGGGCACGGAGGAGGAGGAAGAUAAGAAGGAGGAGGAACUGCUAGCUUUGAUGUUUUAUCCACGGCUAAAAGAUGAAAUCUUGGGGACGAUGUUGGAACCUGGUUUGAAGUUGUUUGAAGUUUAUUUCGGUCGAAAGGUUGGUAAUGGGUGGAUUUGUUAUUAUAAGAGACGAGACACUCUGAACUGGGAGAAGAAACAUUAAG